UAGAGUAGUUUGAACGGAGCGGGUUUGGAGGUGAGACCUGAGAAAGGAAGCCGGAAUCUGGUAGAACCGCGACGAAUGAACAACCGGUUCGUGCCGACGUACACGUGUCCAGUGAAAUGACAGAAACACCCUUCUCCGAUCUGCAUCUUCGUCUUCUUCUUCUCCAAAAUCACUCCACCUUGGUCAGAUCGCCAUCGCAGAAUUAUCCAUCCAGCAAAGGAAAGGAAACUUCUCGCCGGAGAGAGCACUACCAAUCAGAAGAAGAAGGAGAUGACGCUCGGACCGACGACGACAGCGACGCAGGCCUACGGAGAAGCAUCGUACUGGGACAACCGCUACGCACAGGACGACGGCCCCUUCGAUUGGUACCAAAAGUAUCCCUCUUUAGCUCCUCUCCUCCGCCUCUACACUUCGCUCCUCCACCGUGUGCUCGUCGUUGGCUGCGGCAACUCCGCAUUUAGUGAAGGCAUGGUGGAUGAUGGUUAUGGGGAUGUUGUCAACAUCGAUAUAUCCUCUGUGGUGAUUGAAGCUAUGCAAAAGAAAUAUAGUAAUCGUCCGCAACUGAAAUAUAGUCAAAUGGAUGUCUGCGAUAUGAGUGCAUUUCAAACAGGUUCCUUUGAUACCGUUAUUGACAAAGGAACUCUAGAUUCUCUUUUGUGUGGAAAUAACUCGCGGAUAAAUGCUGCUAAGAUGCUUGAGGAGGUUGGAAGGGUCCUCAAGGAUAAAGGAGUUUAUAUUCUGAUUACAUAUGGAGCACCAAUAUAUCGUUUACACUUGUUGAGAGAAUCAUGGCCAUGGACGAUAAAACUCCACGUCAUAGAUAAACUUCUGCCAGGGGAAAGUUCGGGACAGCAGAAAUGGGAGUUGACCUCUCCAAUUCCAUUGGAUGAUGAUGGAAACUCAUUAGAAGCAGCUAUCGGGAAGAACCCGGAUGUCCAUUUUAUCUAUGUUUGUAUUAAGGAUGAUUCUUGAAGGCCAGGAUUGAAGUUUGAAGCUUGAGUAAUGGAGGGAUUGACAACAGUGAUAAACAUAUUGAGCUUGAAGGAUUCACCAUUUUCUUCUGUUCAUCUGGUUGGGUGUUCUUUUUUAUUUUUGGGCUCCGGUAAGUUGCUUUUUCUUGAUUCUCUUGCUUUUACUUGGAGAUCACUGUUCUUGUGGUCUUGGAGAAGAAAAUUCACUGUAAUGGACUGAUUCUUUCAUCUUAGUUUAUUGGCCUGUUCUUGAUCAAAGGAGCCCAAUUUUUGUAGCAAAGUGGGUAUCAAUUUUAAUUGACAUUACUAAACUUGAAACUUGUUCCAUCUUUGAUUCCGUAAACCUUAAUGCCCAUGUUUAUUUGCUGAACUUGAAACUUAGAUUGAUUGGUCACUUUUUUCUUGUCUAAUUGAAUAUGCUUGAAGCUUCUUACCAAAUGUCCAAGAAUUUUUCUCCUUUUUCAUGUUUCUAUUUUCUUAUCAUUUUUUCUCUCUAAACAUACUUCCAUCUACAUUACUAUUCAGACAUUUCCUUCAUUUUCUUCAUCAUCUUCUUCUUCUUUAUCCGACAAUAUAUUUACUCUCUCUAAUCAAAUGAUUAUGAACAGAAACUCUAGGUUGCCAAAGCUGCUACUAUUUAAUGCACUAUUAACAAAAGACUACGCAGAUUUGCAGCUGACUGAGGAAUCAAAAAUGCUGUAAAACAGCCACCAAAAUAUCACCCAAAACCAAAAUAUCACAAAACAUGAAUUGGACGAUAAGAGGGUAACAAGUUCAGAAAUAAGAUCUUCUUUCAUAUUGUUUAGUUCCUUCCUAAUUAUGCUUGUAUUACUGCUGUAUUGUUUCUGUUUCUUUCCCAGUCUUCAUCUUGGAUUUUGCCUAUAUGUUGUAUCUUCUUCCCACAUUGUGGGUUAGCAAAAAACAGGUGUUCUUUCUUUUUGGAGGAAUUGGCUAAUAAGAAUCUCCUCCAUCAUCAGAUAUUUCCUUCAUUUUCUUCAUCUUAAUUCUUUAUUGGACAAUGUAUUUCCUCCGUAUGGAUCACCCAAUAGGCAGCAACACGAUGACGUGUUGUUUUCCUCCCACUGAAAUCCACGCCUCUAACUGCACCAGCAAAAACCAGCAGAUAAGAGGUAAUGUAGAUACAUUAGGCAAUCUGAUGGAAACAUCGACCAUCCAUAUAGAGCGAGAUUAACAAGCUUUCUGAUUCUGGCUCUGCCAAUAGUAAGUUUGAAACUUGUGCUAUUGGUUCAGAAGAUAUAGAAAUUGGCCAGGUUUUCUUAGUUGAUGGUGUUAUUGCUUUUCUUGUAUGAAACAACAUGUGGAAGUUAAAUUGCAACAUGGGAUAGUUACCAAAUGCUCUCAUGAAAGUUGUAGCGCUUAACUGAAAUUGAGAGGUGUAGAACACGUGAAGGAAGCAAUCUGUGUCUGUAGAGGCAAAUGGAUGCUUCCUUCAUGCAUUCGAUCAUUAUCUCAAUUAAUCUAGGAGUCAAGAAUUUUCUACACCUCUCAAUUUCAGUUUAGAGUUACAACUUUGAUGAAAGCAUUUGGGAACUAUUUCAUGUAGCAACUUAACUUCCACAUGUUGUUUCAUACAAGAAAAGCAAUAACACCAUCAACUAAGAAAAUCUGGCCAAUUUCUAUAUCUUCUGAACAAAUAGCACAAGUUUCAAACUUGCACUAUUGGCAAAGCCAGAAUGAGAAGGCUUGUUAAUCUCACUCUAUAUGGAUGAUCGAUGUUUCCAUCAGAUUGCCUAAUGCAUGCAGGUGUGUUUAUGAGAGUUGUGCUGUAGGGGUGUGUAUUUGAGUGGGAGUAGAACAACGCAUCGUUGUGCUCUUGCCUCUUGGGUUGUGCUCUUGCCUCUUGGUUAAUCCAUAUGGAGGAAACAUAUUGUCCAAUAAAGAGGAAUAAGAUGAAGGAAAUGCCUGGUGAAGGAGAUUAGUUGAUCCCUCCAAAAAGAAAGAACACCCACCCACCCUUUCUUUGCUAAUCCACAAUGUGGGAACAAGAUGCAAUAUUUAGGUGGAAUACAAGCUGAGUACUGGAAAAACACAGAAAACAAUGCAGGUGGAAUUAGGAAGGAGCUAAACAAGUAUGAAAGAAGAAGACCUUAUUUCUGAAGUUUUUACUUCUGAAAUAGUGUGAUAAAGGCUGGAUAUCUUGUUGUUGUUAUAUAGUACUCCUCAUAUUCACCAUUUCUGACAGAAAAUGUAGCUUAACUAGUGGUUUCUGGUUGUUGUUUUACAACUGAUUCCUCAGUCAGCUACAAAUCUGCUAGUCUUUGGUUAAUAGCUAGCAUUGGCAUCCUAAAGUUUAUGUGCUUGAUCAUAUGAUUAGAGAAAGAAAAUGUAUUGUCGGAUGAAGAAAAUGAAGAGAAUGUCUGAAUGAAUAAGAAAAUGAAAAUAAAAAAGAAAACUUAGUAAUGUAGAUGGAAGUAUGUUUAGAGUGGGAAAAAAAUAAGUAUGAAAAUAGAAAGACGAAUAUAGGCAUUAAAAUCUACUACUGAAUGAGACAUGGAACAAGUUUCAAGUUCUGCAAUAUGAAUUCAAACUAAUACCCAUUUGGCAUACAGAAUAUUGGGCGUUAAAACUUAAUGAAUCCAAGUGAUCUUCUGAUCAAGAACAGACCCAUAAACCAAGAUGAAACAAAGGAUCAGCGCAUUGCCAUGAAUUUUCUUCUCCAAUACCACGAUGAUAAGCACAAGAACUUCGGAAUUAUCACAGUAAAUCAACAAAGAAGAGGAACUUACCUGAGCCCAGAAAACACCCCAACUGGUUGGAUGGAUGAGGAAUCGUUCAAGCUCAGUAUGUUUGUCACUGCUUUCUGUACAAGGCACGUAACAGUGUAUAAAAAUAGCAUACCAUGUUACAGAAAUACAACUUUUAUACAUAGCAUGUGAAUGUCAUCAAACUAUAGUGUAAUGUUUUCAUAUUAAUUUAUUAAAAUAGAAAUUUUGUAAUACCAGUUAUAAUUACAUAAUGUUAUAAUAACAUUGA